UAAAGGACUUUUAUUUCACAGCUUUAUGUGUAGGCAAUAGAUACGUUCCCUGUAAGUUCACUGCACAUAAUUUUAGUUGCCAAGAAAAGAUGACACUUUCUCAGUGCAAGUGACCCUCCUGCCAGCGAUCUCCUAACGCUAUUGCUGCUGCUUUGCCCGAUUAGUCGCAGGAGAAUGCGGCCAGCAGGAGACACCAGUGAGACGCAGAGGGGGAAGCAGAACCAUCGUGUCGGUUCGUGGGGUUCCCAAGAGGUGGGCAGUGCCAGGAGACUGGGCACACAAGUGAAUUCAGUAGAUGGGCGCAGGAGGGCUGAGAAGGGAGGGAUAAAGGCGCAAAUGAAGUUGCGGGCAUAGUAAGUAGGAAGCGCACCGACAGCAAGUUAAAGUUGCUCAGAAGAGAGCGGCAGAGCUAUUGUACCGCUUGCAGAGGCGCAGCCAUGUCACUAUCCGGCUCCUACAUUGCGCCCCUUCAUCCCUCUCCCCGGAACUAGCCCAGCGCUACGGUCAGCGCAAGGGUUUAAGCGUUAAUGGAAAUCCGCCUGUGUUCUUUCUCACACACACACUGUACUGCCACAGCCACAGACAGUCGCACAUAGGAAACGCCUUCCUCCCUGUCACAGGCACUGCCCCCUCAGUGUCUAUGGGAAGAGAUGCUGGAUACAGGAGAGGCAGCCAGACACCGAACUCGUAAUAGUCGGAAUAAUACCUGCCAGCCUCCCUCCCUCCGGUUACACACACGGGAAUCCGCCCCCGAUUUUGAUAGGGGACAGCCAGGUGCGGGGGGAGGGGCUGCACUGUACUUCCAUCGGAUCGGCUUAUAGAAAAAAGGCGGCCCGAAGACUUUUAGCAGGGAGAGGAUGUGCGGAGAAGUCCCAAGUCCCGCUGUCACGCUGGGCUGAGGAGGCGCUGACCCUCGCUUCUGGCCAAUGAGAGGGGUCGCACUGCCUCAUUCGGAUCGCACAGCGGCACAUGAGGGGCCCCAGCUCUUGCCAUAGCCCGGGAGCAAACUGUGGGAGCAAGAAAGAGAUAGAAAAUAAGGGGGAAACACCCCUCUGACUUGGAUGGAUUCGCCUGGGGAAAGUUACUGACCGGGGGAGCAGUAUUUGUUUAGUUCCUGCGGUAGGGCCAGCCAACUCUCUGAAUGGGAAGCCUGCUGCCCCCUCGAUGUUUGCUGCUCACCCCCAGGCUGUGCUGACUGCUCCCGACCUGUUGCAGGUGCAUCCCCGCCAGGUGUAUCCGGCUGUGCGACUUUGCCUUGCGAUUCGGAUGCCUCUCGUGGAGUUUCUUCUGUACCAAUGGGCACAAAGCAGACCAAGGUCUGCCAAGCGUCUGGGGGGGACAGCCCUCAGCAAGCCCCGGGCUCCCGCAAAAGCACCCCGGCCAGGGAACGUGGGGACUUCUGGGCUUCUUUCAGCCUGAGGUCUGGGGAGAAACUUGGGAAGAGCGGAGCCGGGAGUCUGGCGCCUUAUCAUCGGAGGGUCAGGAUGAUACAGGACAUCAUGGCGCUGGUCAGGCAGGGCAAGCAGGAAGAGGCAAUGGAACUGCUGAGGCACCUGCGCCAGGAUCUGGGAAUGGAGUCUACCUCACUCGAUGAUGUCUUGUAUAGAUAUGCUAGCUUCCGGAACUUGGUGGAUCCCAUUACACAUGACUUGAUAAUAAGCCUGGCCAGAUACGUGCACUGUCCCAAACCGGAAGGGGAUUCUCUUGGAGCCAUGGAAAAAGUAUGCAGGCAGCUGACUUACCACCUGAGCCCUCACUCGCAGUGGAGAAGACAAGGCAUUGUCAAACGGAAGCCGCAGGCCUGCUUGAAAGUUCUUUUGUCUGGGAGGCCCCAUGAAGGUAGCAUGGAUAUUUCUGGGAUUCAGCUCAACAUGAAAGAUUUGGAACGUGUGAUCAUAUUUCUGCAGUCCAACUCAGAGAAUGUGGAGAACGUGGAGCUCUGUUUCACUGAACUCACAGAUGAAAUGUUCCUCCAGGUCAUGCCUGUUCUUAGUUCCCUCCCGCACCUCUCCACCUUAGCUCUCAAUGGAAACCGCCUGACAAAAGCCAUCCUGAGGGAACUGACUGAAUCGCUGAAAGAUCCCAAAAAGUUCCCUAGUAUGACUUGGAUUGACCUUGGAAAUAAUGUCGACAUAUUCUCCCUGCCUCAGCCCUUUCUAGUUAGCCUCAAGAAACGAUGCCCCAAGCAGGGAAGUUUGCCAACAAUUCUAGAAUUUGGAGAGGGACAGCUAAAUGAACUCGAGAACCAAGAAGAGUCAGUAGAGAACCAAGAAAAUCAAAUUGCAGGUGGAGCGAGUGAACAGAGCUCAAAGCCAGAAAGCUAGCCGAAUGCUUCCUAAUGUUCCCAUGUAAUCUGAUGCCUACUGAGCUCCAAAUCCGGAAAAAACUGUUUUAUAAAGCAUUAUGUCUCCACACUAUGACUCUUCAUAUCAGCCACCUCCAAAAUGUGAUUUUUUUUUUUUACUGAUUUCCAACUUCAUUCUGUUCUUGGCACCAGGGAUUCCUUUGAUCUUUUCCAUUGUAGCAGUUUUGAUAAAUACAAUGUUUUUCUAGAGAGUUCACAAGCUAUAGAGUUCAGAGAGCUAUCGCGGUCUGUGCACUAAAAGAGCCUAAUUUCUUGUUUAAUAACUGGGAUUUAGGGUCUAAAGCUGGCCAUACCUCGUUUCGUACGAUAUUUGGUGCGUGUAUGGCAAGUCGCGAGUCGACCGAUAUCGCA